AUGCGUAAAUUCCAGUCUUUCAGUAGCAGCGUUGAAUCUAGCUUGUUGCAGCCGCAAAAGGAGACUACUUCGGGCGAUUUAUAUGCAGAACCUGAAAACUUCUUAGAAAUCGAGGUUGCCAACCCGAAAACGCAGUUUCCACACAACGAUCAACGUGGGAUGUUUACUGACUACGAGAUUAUUUGUCGGACCAAUAUACCCUCGUUUUCAAAACGUUUGAGUAGCGUUCGUAGACGGUACUCCGAGUUUGAGCUAUUUCGCAAAUGUCUGCUCAAGGAACUAUCGCUGUCGAGCCAUCCAAAGGUCGUGGUUCCGAAUCUGCCCGGAAAAGUCAUUCUGGGAAAUCGUUUUAGCGACGACCUUGUCGAGGAGCGCAAGCAAGAUCUUAAUAAGUGGAUGAACUCUGUGGCUGGUCAUCCAUUGCUGCAGACUGGAUCUAAGGUGUUGGUGCGAUUCAUCGAAAACGAAAAGUUCACGGGAUAG